CACAAUCAGGGUUUUUAGUCCUGAAGGUAUUUGCUGCAAUUGAUCAUUCACUCCUUCCUGGAGUACUUUUUAUUCUCUUUGGCUUCUGGAACAUCAUACUGUCCUGAUUUUUUUCUUAACUUCUGAAUGUUGCAAUAAUCAAGUAAUUUCUCUCCAUUCUUUGUCUUUAAAUAAAAUCUGUAUGCUGAUAUCUCCUGCAUGCAUAUCUUCAGCUCUGACCUUUUCCCACCUCUCCAGAAUAAUCUAUACAACUGACUAUUUCAUUGUCUCCCUUCAGUGCCUACUAAGUCAUAAGGCAGAGUUUUUGCUGUUACCUUAUGAGCUAGAAUCUAGAGUGCAAAAUCUUACUGCUUUCUUCCCAGCACAUGUACAAACCUAUAAAUGAUGCCAAUAAACACAGGGGAAAGUGUUCCCAAUACUUUAGGCACAGAUAAGGAAUUAAAAUCUGAUUGUUUAAUUUAGUAUAUCUUAGGUUGAUAGGUACUAGGAAAACAUUAAGCAGAGAAUUUAAAAAUUCUCUUUCCCUUAUAAUAAGCACCAAAAGUAUGGGUGUGGGUGAAUAUAAAACCAGUCAAGGGGGAUGUGCUAUAUGAGAAGAAUUCAAUACCUUUAGGAAUACUAUUUUAAAGAGGGAAGAGAAGAAGAGUUAUUCAUGAAGAAAACUGAGAGAAAAGUAAAAUAUAUAAUGUUCACUAAGCAGAAAAAAAAAUGUGUGAAUGUGAGAAAGAUGAGAAAGCAAAUGUCAAAUAGGAAUCUCAAACACAGUAAGAAGCAAGAAUCAGCCAGGUAUGGUAGCACAUGCCUGUAAUCCCAGCGGCUUGGGAGGCUGAGGCAGGAGGAUCACAAGUUCAAAGCCAGCGUCAGCAAAAGCAAGGUGCUGAGCAACUCAUUGAGACCCUUUCUCUAAAUAAAUACAAAAAAUGGGGCUGGGGCUCAGUGGUCAAGUGCCCCUGAGUUCAAUCCCUGGAACCUCCGCUUCCAAAAAAAGAGAAGCAGCAGCAAGAAUCCCUUCAAACAAUGUCUAGCCCAUGGAAAAAUGACAAACUACAAGCACAACCAUUUUUCUGACAAAAUUUAAUAUUUACUGAAUUGUAUUCUUACCAAUUGAAAUAUUUAUUAAAUUCUGGUCUUUGCCAUUUUUCAUGUUAUCCCUGCUUUACAUUUUUAUAUUCUUGUCUGCUGUUGAUCUUGGACUCUUUUCAACCCUCCCUGCAUAGCUUUUCUGGCUUGAUACACAAGCUGCCUUUCCAGCUCACAACCCUUGGCUUCACGCCUACCUUGUGGCCCCUCUGUAAAUUAACUCACUAAUGCUGUGCAAACUGGCCCUAAAACCUCCCUGACCACCCAUGUGCUGUCCUGAAAAGCAGUUUCUACAAGGGGCUUAAAAUAUUUGUAUGUGAAUGUAUAAUAUAAUAAAUUAGCAUAUACAAAUAUCUAACAUUCUAGAAACUAGGAAUAUGUAUAUAAUUAAGAAAGGUUAAUAAAACAAGUUUUGUGUAGAAUUGGGUUGCUAUCAAGAGGAUCUAUAGGAAGAUAGGAUGUGCUGAUCUGCUUAUGAAGAAUACUUAGAAAAGUAAAGUGAUCUAUAAGGAGAGAAAUAUAGAAAGAUACAAAAUACAAUAUGUAUGUAUAUACAUACAAUGUGUAUAUAGUGUAUGUGUAUGUAUUUGUGUGUGUAUAUAUAUGUAUAUAUAUGUGGGUAUGUAUGUGUACAAGCACUCUGGUAAGUGCUAGGAUAAGGGGAACAGAAUAUGAAAGUUCAGAGUCAAGCAAGGACUCGUAUAGUCAGCUUUUGAACUCAAUCUGAAGGAUACAAAGGAAUUUGGGCAUAAAACAAAAGAAAGAAAACUUUACAGAUCAGGAAUACUUACACAAAGAAAAGGAAUGUUGAGAUGAUACUUUAGGAGUUCUUCAUGCGCUUUGGAUUCUGAUCCUAGAUUGCACUUCCUAACUCAUGUUCCCCUUUUGAUAUCUUCUGUCUCACUCUCUUUAAAUGGGUUCAUUUUAUUCAUUUCUUUCACACCUUGUACUUCUACUCCAUUGAUUUUUUUUUCCUAUACUGCCUAACUCUCCUAUUUUUUUCUCUUCCUAUAUUUUUUUGCCAGAUACCAGGACCUUCUUUAAUAACAUCAAUAUAUAUUGGUUCCACAUUUGAUCCAAAGAGCUAACUUCUGUGAUAUUACAUGAGUCACCUUCAAUUUCUUUUUUUUUUUCCCCCUCCAGCGUGGAAGAGCCAUCAUAAGACCACAAAGUCAACUCAAACACAGGACUCUUCAUUUCAGAGAUUGAUAAUGAACCGAUCCAGAAGGAAUGGACUUGGACCCUUGGACUUGAAAUCAGAAAAAUCAUGCAUAUAUGAAGGCAAAUUAGAGAAAAAACAGGAAAAAAAGGAAAUUUUUCAGAUAGUUUCAGUCACCCACAAAAAAACCUUAAUUGUAGAAAGAAGCCAUAAAAAUGUUGAAUUUAGCCAGAACUUCAACCCAACGUCAGUAGUUGUUAGGCAACAGAUAGUUCCCAGAGAGAAACCACCACCAAAAUGUGAAAAAAAAGGAAACACUUUGAAACAUAAUUCAAAUUUACCUAAUCAGCCAAAAAUGACAGCAGAUAAACGCUAUCAAUGUAGUAUGUGUGAGAAAACCUUCAUUAAUACUUCAUCCCUUCGUAAACAUGAGAAAAAUCAUAGUGGAGAGAAAUUAUUUAAAUGUAAAGAAUGUUCCAAAGCCUUUAGCCAAAGUUCAGCUCUUAUUCAACAUCAAAUAACUCAUACCGGAGAGAAACCUUACAUAUGUAAAGAAUGUGGGAAAGCCUUCACUCUCAGUACAUCCCUGUAUAAGCAUCUAAGAACCCACACUGUGGAGAAAUCCUACAGAUGUAAGGAAUGUGGUAAGUCCUUCAGCCGAAGGUCAGGGCUUUUUAUACAUCAGAAAAUCCAUGCUGGAGAAAACCCUUAUAAAUAUAAUCCAGGUAGGAAAGCAUCUGGUUGCAACACAUCCCUUCCUGGUCAAAGAGUUCAUCCCAGAAAAAAGUCCUAUUUGUGUAACGAAUGUGGCAACACCUUUAAAUCUAGUUCAUCCCUUCGUUAUCAUCAGAGAAUUCACACCGGAGAGAAACCUUUCAAAUGUGGUGAAUGUGGGAGAGCCUUCAGUCAGAGUGCAUCACUUAUUCAACAUGAACGAAUUCACACUGGUGAAAAGCCCUAUCGAUGUAAUGAAUGUGGAAAAGGCUUCACAUCUAUUUCACGACUCAAUAGACAUCGAAUAAUUCAUACUGGUGAGAAGUUUUAUAAUUGUAAUGAAUGUGGCAAGGCCUUAAGUUCCCAUUCAACUCUUAUCAUUCAUGAGAGAAUUCACACUGGAGAGAAACCAUGUAAAUGUAAAGUGUGUGGGAAAGCCUUCAGGCAGAGUUCAGCUCUCAUUCAGCAUCAGAGAAUGCACACUGGAGAAAGACCCUACAAAUGCAAUGAGUGUGGGAAAACAUUCAGGUGUAACUCAUCCCUUAGUAAUCAUCAGAGAAUCCAUACUGGAGAGAAACCCUAUCGAUGUGGGGAAUGUGGGAUGUCAUUUGGCCAAAGUUCAGCCCUUAUUCAACAUCGAAGGAUUCAUACAGGAGAGAAACCCUUUAAAUGUAAUACAUGUGGGAAAACUUUUAGACAAAGCUCCUCACGUAUUGCACACCAGAGAAUUCAUACAGGGGAGAAACCCUAUGAGUGCAACACAUGUGGGAAACUUUUCAACCACAGGUCAUCCCUUACUAAUCACUAUAAAAUCCAUAUGGAAGAAGAACCCUAAAAAGUACAUUUGCAUGUGUAAAAGCCUUAAACCAAAGCUCAUCAGAGAACACAUACUUCAAGAGUGAUGUAAUAAAUAUUGAAAAAGCCUAUAAUCAUUUAGUGCCCAUUAGCUAUCAAAUCCCAUGGACAAAUCUUGAUUAUGUAAUAGCUAAAAGGAAAGCAUUCAUGCCUGUCACUUUUUAAAAUAACCUGAGAAUUCAUAAGUGAAGACACUAACUUUGGGCAUUUGUAAAAUAAAAGGUGUUUGAUUUUCCUCUUUCCUACAGCAGUGUAGUCUAGCUAUCACAUGUGAUCAUCAUAAACAUCAAGUGGGUAGGGAUUUCUCUGGUUUUCUCAUAAAAACACCAAACUCUACACUGGUGAUAUUUUUUAUAACAUUUUAGUAGCAUAUGAGUGAAUGAAUCAAAGAAAUUAUACGUUUUUAAUGAAAAGGACCAAAAUAAAAGAUUAAAAUAAACUGUAAACUACCUCUCA